AUGGAGGGGGUCGACGUCGACAGCAAGCCUAGCCAGCACGACAGCGUGUUGGGCUGGUAUGACCGGACGAGACCCAUGUGGAUCGACCUCAUCGGCGACUAUGCCGGGAAAGAAUUAUUUCUCGUGGAGGGCGACUCGCUGCUGAGAGAAUGCUUCGAAGACGAGAGAAUUGAUUUCAAUGAUGGUUUCCAAGUUUUACAUGCAGUCUAUGUCGUUGAGCGGUUCCUUGGGGACCUGCUCAAGAGACAUUGCCAAUUUCACAUUGCCUUCUUUGAAGAAAACGCACAACUAUGCAUACCUCCUGGUGUGAAUGCGGAGCAUGAACCUCGUUACUUGCUUGCGCGAUCCAUCAUCAAGCGCCAUCUCACUCGGCAUCUACCCUCCGCCUGCGCAGUGGUAAUCAACACUUUCCCGGGUCUUGAUUCCGAAGAGUUCGCCAACUAUCUGGAUAUCUCCCCCGUCCACUUUGUUAUGAGCCAUGAUGGAUCUCGGAGAGAAGCCAAGGCCGACACCAGUGGCCGCGGCACCAAUCGCAGUGAGAAGGUUUCCAAGGUUGCAUUACGGAACAUAAUCUGGUGGUUCAAUACUCACAAGCUGAACGUUGCUCUGAUCAACCGUAUCGAAUUUCGAGACUCAAAAGUGUUCACGAUGAUUGUCGAGAGUUUUACUGCAUCGAGCAAGCUCAAGCUUACAAUGGCCACUAACCUAAUCAAUCGAGAGAAGGAUGCCAAGAAGCUGGCUGGCAGUUCAAAUGCCACUGAGGCUUUGGAUGCGAAGUCAUCGCUACAGCCACAGGUACUGGAAAAGCUGAGUGACGCCUUUUCGGACAAAGAUUUGAGCGAAAGUUAUUUCUUGGCGAUAUAUGGUGUUUCGAAAAUGUUGAAGCUAGAAGAUUGCGAAACGUUCAUGGCAUCCGCGUUUAUCCUACACAGCAUAUUUCUCAAGCAUAUUCCUUUAUCUCAACGAAGACUUCCUCUCAUCACGUUCGAUCCAGCAUUCGAAGAGGAGGUCGACGAGUUUAUCACGCAGAUUUCGAAUAUCUUCAGAUUUGCGGUUGAGAAUCCAAAGUGGAACGAGUUGAUGGACGAGGAAGAGAUCGAGACGGAUGCCAUCGAUCUAAUUGAUGGUCGAUUGUUCAGAGCUGUGAUACAGGCCAUGUCUGAAGACAUGUUCCGCGAUGUUGUGCCAAAGGCCGCCCUUCCAGAUUGGGAGGCUCUAACUGCGUUGGUGAAGGAGCUUACAAACGAAACUUUGUCUUUGGUAGGAACUGACGGCCCCGAAUUUACACAUAGUACUGCUUCGAAAGGCGAUUUCGACUCCGUCGUCGAUGACCUGGCUGUGUUAAAAUUCUCCAACCCCGUGUUUGACAAGCACUUGGAGUGCAUUCAUGUCGAAGCAGAUGCUUCACUUUCCGCCCGCAUGGAUGAGCUGAAAGUCUACCGAGAGACGUCUCAUUGGCACAACCACAGAAAGCCUCUCAAUCCCAAAUACGCUCCUGCAGCUAAGGUCUCGAAAUGGCGCAACCCUCUGCGAACGAACCAGUUCUACAUGAACGAGAUGACUGCUUAUGCUGCGAGUCUCACGGGAACCAAAGGAAAGGCUCUCGACGCCGAAACGAUCACCGUUGGUCCGAAGAAGUUGAUCAAGCUGGCAGAUGAAAAGCCGGAAAAGUCAGAGAAGUCACCUGCUGCCAAGUCUAAAAAGGAAGAGGCGCAAGACCCCAAAGCAGCGAACAAAAACACCGCUGGAAAGAAGGGAACCAAGACCGCGGCGGCUGGAAUGUCCAAGAAGGAGCAGAUGAUCGCUGACAACAUGGCGCGCAAGGGGGGCAAUGAGGCAGAUAAGGCGUUCAAUGCUUGGUCUAUGGUCAUGAAGUCCUUGGAUGUCAUCUCCGAUGACCAAGACCGCUACAUCAAAUCUAUAGAGUACCUUAACGGCCUGGAUUCAGCCAAGACGUCGUACCUUGAGGCGGAGAUCUACACAUACAUUCUGCAGUCCUUGCUUACCUGGUGGUCCAGUUACUGCAAAGCAGACAAAAAGUCGGAGGGAUACCACGUCGUCGCAUUGAUCUGGACUACCAUUCGGUCUCUUUGCACAACGAAAUCUCCCAUUUCGAAGGAGACUGUUCAAAACAUGGCCAAGAUAUGUACUCUUUUGGGCAUCACAGAUGCGUUGACAUCCUUCAACCCCACCCCUGUCGAUCGGAAGCUGUCAUUCACCUUCAAGUACCCGAUGCAAGCCCAAAAUUUGCGCAUCGUGGGUACACAGGCUGAAUUCCAGCUGAACUAUUGCGGACCAUACAUGGACAGAAUGUUGGAUGCCAAGCCAGACCCUCGAGUUUCUAGCUUUGUUCCUGAUGGGUGGCAGCGCGAUGUUCUUGAUCAACUCGAUGCCAACAAUAGUGUUUUUGUUGUCGCUCCUACUUCUGCCGGAAAGACUUUCAUAUCUUUCUAUGCCAUGGAGCAGAUAUUGAGAGCCGACAACGAUGGUGUACUUGUUUAUGUUGCGCCCACCAAGGCACUGGUCAAUCAGAUUGCCGCAGAAGUGCAAGCACGAUUCUCAAAGAAAUUCCUCCUCCCCGGUAAAGGUGUAUGGGCUAUCCAUACCCGUGAUUACCGUGUCAACAAUUCCACCGGAUGCCAGAUCUUGGUUACUGUGCCUCAUAUAUUGCAGAUUAUGCUUAUGUCCCCGUCUAAUGCAAAGUCGUGGGCAACAAGAGUGAAGAGAAUUAUUUUCGAUGAGAUCCAUUCCAUUGGACAGGCGGAGGAUGGCGUUGUUUGGGAGCAGCUUCUGCUUCUUGCCCCAUGCCCAAUCGUUGCGCUUUCCGCCACGGUUGGAAACCCAGCCCAGUUUAACGACUGGCUCACCGAGACACAAAAGUCAAACGGAACUGAGAUGAAGAUGAUCCAACAUGCUACGCGUUACUCUGAUCUCCGCAAGUACAUGUACGAACCCCCUAAGAACUUCAAAUUCUCGGGACUUGGCAAGUCGUUUGGUGUCGGACUUGGUCUCGAUGGCUUAGUCGGAUUCAAGGCCUUCCAUCCAGUGGCUAGUCUCGUAGAUAAAUCUCGAGGUAUGCCUGACGACUUGGCGCUCGAGCCUCGCGAUUGUUUGACUCUGUGGAAGGCGAUGGUGAAGUUCCAGACUGCCGACUUCAAGGUGCCUGAUUCUCUACACCCCGAAAAAGCUUUACCCCCGUGUGUGCGCAAGGCCGACAUUUUUGCCUGGGAGAAGAGUCUGAAGAAAGUUCUCUUGCAAUGGAUGGCCGAUCGCAAGUCUCCUUUCGACAAGGUCAUCGAAGAAUUGAGCGUUCCCUCCUCGAUUGAUCCAGCGGACCAGGUUCCAUCCUCAACUGCCUCGUCUGUUACCGAUUCGGACCCUAUGGACCCUGCGGACCUGAAUAGCACCACACUACCGCUACUGUACCAACUUCACAAGCGUCGUGCGCUCCCGGCCAUCUUCUUCAACUACGACCGUAAUCAAUGUGAGCAGAUUGCCACAACAGUUCUGAACCAGCUCGUUGAGGCAGAAACACGUUGGAAGGAAGGUCCAGCCUGGAAAAAACUGAUGGAGGGAUACGAGAAGUGGAAAGAAAUGAAGGAUAAGAAGGGUAGGAAACCUCCAAAGCCUUCCAAGAAGGCCAAGGGCGACGAUGACGAGGGAGGAUCCAAGAUGGAUCGUAUGCGAGACGAAUCAUCUGAGGGUGCCUCUUUUUACGACCUGUUCGACCCUGAGGCUCCUCAAGCAGAUUUCUCAUUCGCAAACCCCAAGCAGCUUCAGAAGGCUGAGUUGGACGAGUAUAUCCGCUCGCUUCGGAGAAAGAACAUUCGAGAGGACUUGAUUGCACUUCUGACCAGAGGCAUUGGUGUCCACCACGCUGGUAUGAACAGAAAGUACCGCCAAUGUGUUGAGAUGCUGUUUCGCAAAGGUUUCCUCCGAGCCAUCAUCGCCACGGGAACUCUUGCUCUUGGCAUCAACAUGCCUUGUUCAACGGUAGUAUUCAGUGGCGAUUCGGUGUUCUUAACCGCCCUUAACUUCCGCCAAGCUGCGGGUCGUGCCGGUCGUCGUGGAUUCGAUUUGCUCGGAAACGUCGUUUUCCAGGGCAUUUCGGAAGCGCGUGCGAGCCGUUUGUUGAGUUCCAGACUUCCCGACAUGACUGGACACUUCCCCAUCACUACUACAUUGGUUCUUCGGUUGUUCACCCUGUUGAACGAUUCGAAGAGUGCCCCCUACGCGGUCAAGGCCAUCAACUCUCUGCUGUCGCAGCCCAGACUUUACUUGGGUGGUCAGAGCUUCAAAGAACAGGUCCUCCAUCAUUUGCGAUUCUCAAUUGAGUAUCUCCGUAGAAACGAACUCCUGGGACCCAAGGGACAGCCAGUUAACUUCACAGGCUGCGUGUCACAUCUCUACUUCACCGAGAACUCGAGUUUUGCAUUCCAUGCUCUGCUCAAGGGAGGCUACUUCCACGUUCUCUGCGCUGACAUCGAUACCAAGCCCGAGCCUAUUAUGCUUGAGAUGAUGCUUGUACUGAGUCAUCUCUUCGGACGUCGCGUAACCCGCGAAGUUGACGAUCCCGAGGAAGCGGAAAAGAUCAAGCGUUCUCCAUCCAACGUUUACCUCGAUCCGAUGCCAGAAGCCGCCUCCAAGAUUCUUCGCAAACAUAACAAGGACACUCUGGACGUCUUCACAACUUACGUCAAGACCUUUGCCGCCCAGCACGUUAAGGAAGACGAGCGCUACCUGCCAUUGACCCACACCCCAGUUGGUCUCGCCCCUCCACCUGCCAACGGAAAGCCUGCGAAUGCCAACGCAGUCGCCAAUGGAAGUGCCAAAAUUGGUGUCAAGGAUGAUCACUCGCUUGCAGGCUAUCUCCCGAGCUUGCCAACUCCACACGCACGCUCCGCCUUUGUUGCGCUGUCCGGCAAGGGAGACGAGUUCACGACCAUUGAGGAUCUCUGCACCUCUACCCGCGAAGGUAUCUUCCUCGAGUCUGCCGUCAUCCCGCAUCUGGAGUUGUACCCGGAUGAAACCAGAACCCCCCUGAACGCAUAUCUGCUUGACUUCUACAAGCAUGGCGCUGUUGAGCCUUUAGAUGAAGCUAAUGGUAUUCGCAAGUCUGAUGUCUGGUUUGUCCUCAACGACUUCUCGAUGAUUCUGGCCACUAUUGUCACAUCCCUCGCGCUGCACCUGGGCCUACAAUCGGACGCUGACCCCGAGAUGCUCGACGUUAUGGGCUCCGGUGACGUAGCCGAAAAUGACGCCGACGCUGAAGUCGCUGCCGCUCUCGUCCCCGAGCCCACCAGCGACGGGAAGUUCUCCGCUCCGAUCCCACCCCCGGUCGUGAAGAAGAAGAAGAAGGUGGUUGAUGACUGGGACGCGGGCGAAGACGCGAUCCAGGCGGAAGAGGAGUUUUUGAAAAGCGAGGGCAUGGGGAAGGAGGGGAUCGGCAAGACGGAUGAUGAGGAGUAUGAGAAGUUGGUUGAUGUUUACAAGGGUUUCCGGAUGCUGAAGACGGCGUUUGACGAAAAGUUCUUUUUGAUUUUUGCUUAG